AUGAGCAGUUCGGCGGUGCCGGAAGGUGACCUCCCCGGGAGAUCCGCGUCUUUAAUGGCUGUGUCUGUGGGAUUUCUUCAGGAAUCUCCUGAGAAAACUCUCGUUUUCAUUUCAAUAUGUGUAGCUGUGGCUGUUGCACAAGUGCCCAAACAAGCAAUAGAUGUUCUUCAUCAACUAGGCCUUGUGAAAGAUGUUCAACAGCCCUUGGAGACAACAGUGCCCUCAACAUCACCUCUGUUACCUCAAGGUGUUCGCCUGACUGUAUCAGGAGUUGUACUAGCUGGGGAUGCACAUAUCGAGUCCCCCAUCACCCAAGUCAUACCAUCAAACCUGGGGCAUCAGUUCACCAUAUUAAUUGGGUUGUACUCAUACAGCAUAAAUAACGCUUUCCUUUUCAGUGUUAAGAACAAAAACAGGCUGCAGUUUGGUGUCCAGUUGCUACCGAGGAAGGUAGUGGUGCACACUGGAGGGAAGCAGUGUGUCUACUUCGAUUAUAGUGUCCACAAUGAGCAGUGGCAUUUAUUUGCCAUUGGCAUUAGAGACAAGACUGUCUCAAUAUUUGCUGAGUGUGGGAAGAAGUGCUAUAGCAGGGAAACACUUUCUGAGGUGGAGACAUUUGAUUUGGAUGGUUUAUUUACCUUGGGAAGGAUGAACUCUCACUCUGUCAGCUUUGAAGGAGUUAUAUGUCAGCUAGAUAUUAUUCCCUCUGCAGAAGCCUCUGCAAACUAUUGUAAAUAUGUGAAGCAGCAGUGUCGCCAGGCUGAAACAUAUCGAUCUCUGCUAGGAGCCCCACAUGUGUCAGAUAGGCUGGAUGGUUCUUCAGAGAUGAUGAUUAAUGAGAAAAAACUGUCAAAAAGUAUCUCAGCUUAUAGAAGGGAAGAAACCUCCAACUUUCUGGUUACCAACGUUGCUCAGAUUCACUUUCUAUCAGAACGCUUUGAGUCAAGAAAUGUCUCUGAGUCAGAGUUUCUAGAGGCCAAACCUCUGUUGCUGGAAGAGUGGCCUGAAACAGAACUCCAGGAGAAGGUCAAUCUCCCUUUUCAUCAGAAGGAGGUGAGCAAAAAAAGAAGCAUUAAAACCCCCACAGGAUCAUAUCCAAAUGCUUUAGAUAAUACCACAGAAGAUGCAGGCAGACAAAGUGAGCCUUCUCUGAUCUUCCCUGUGAAACAGAGUGAAACUGAAAGCAAGAGAAUGGAUGAAGCAAAACGGCAUUUAGAUAAACCAAGCAAAAAGCAGCAAAUCCUCAACACAACUCUGCAUGGUUUGCCUGUUGACCUCUCUCUGGAUAACCACCUUGGUCCGAUGCAGGAAGAUGCAUUUGAUGCUGAUGAGACUUAUAACACGGAAAACAGUUACAAUAUUGGUAUUGAUAAUUAUGCUUAUGACUAUGAAGAUUUUGACAAAAUGUUUGAAAUGGGAAGUGCCAGAGGUCUGAAGGGGGAAACAGGACCUCCUGGUCCUCCAGGUCCUCCAGGUUUACCUGGUCCAUCAGGAAAGAGAGGUCCUCGGGGUAUUCCAGGACCACAUGGUAAUCCAGGUUUGCCAGGGUUGCCAGGUCCAAAGGGUCCUAAAGGAGACCCAGGAUUCUCUCCAGGACAGGCAAAACGCGGGGCAAAGGGUGAUCCAGGCCCCAUAGGCUUUCCAGGCCCACCUGGGAUCAAAGGCCAGAAGGGUCUUAAGGGUUAUCAAGGACUGCAAGGGCCACAGGGUGAGCAGGGAAUUCCAGGAAUGGCUGGCAAUAUUGGAGCAAUUGGUUACCCUGGCAGGCAGGGCUUAGCUGGACCAGAAGGUAACCCAGGUCCUAAAGGUGUAAGAGGUUUCAUUGGACCUCCAGGUGUGGCAGGACAACCAGGACCUGAAGGAGAAAGGGGCAUCCCAGGCUUCCAUGGAAAAAGAGGUCCUAAAGGGAGACAGGGUUUUCCAGGUGACUUUGGAAACAGAGGCCCCCCUGGUCCAGAUGGGAAUCCUGGAAUUGUUGGUGGUGUUGGUCCUCCUGGAUUUCCAGGACUAAGAGGAGCGGCUGGGCCAGCGGGACUGAGCGGACCAUCAGGAAUUCCAGGGCCCACGGGUCUCCCAGGGAGUGUGGGACAGCCUGGAAUGAAAGGUGAUAAGGGUGAACACGGCCUUGCAGGAGAGCCAGGAGACCAGGGUUACCCAGGAGACAAGGGUGCUCUUGGUUUACCAGGACCCCCAGGGAUCAGAGGAAAACCAGGACCUCCAGGGAAAAUGGGAGAUCCUGGAGCCCAAGGACCACUGGGUCCUCCAGGACCUGAGGGUUUUCCAGGAGAUAUUGGUGUGCCUGGAUUAAAUGGCCCUGAAGGUCCUAAGGGACUUCUGGGUGACCGAGGGUCUCCAGGGCCACAAGGCCCCAAAGGAGCUGAGGGAGAACUAGGACCAGCUGGACCUGUUGGAGGAGUCGGCCCAAGAGGAAAGCCAGGACAGAGAGGUUAUGUAGGUGAUCCUGGGCCAGAAGGUUUAAAGGGAGAACAAGGAGACCAAGGGAACCUUGGAAAAACUGGUGAAGCAGGAUCAGCUGGCUUACCUGGAGAAACAGGGCCGUCUGGAAGCCUGGGUGAAAAGGGAGAGCGAGGCAGCCCAGGACCAGUAGGUCCUCCUGGAGAGAAAGGUGUCAUGGGCUACCCAGGACCUACGGGGGGGCCUGGACCUGUGGGACCAGAAGGAUUAUCUGGAGCUUCAGGGAGAAGAGGACCACCAGGACCACAGGGACCUAAGGGAAGAAGAGGUCCAAGAGGUCUUGAUGGUCCUCCAGGAGAACCAGGAACAGAAGGCAUUAAGGGAGAAAGAGGCAAUCCAGGAAAGAAAGGAGUUCCUGGGCUUAUUGGUAAAGCUGGGAAUCCAGGAGAAAGAGGAGAUCAGGGUGCACUUGGUUUGCUUGGACCUCCUGGAACCACAGGAGACAGGGGACCAGUGGGAGAGCCAGGUCCAAGAGGACAACCAGGGGAUGCUGGCCCUGUUGGAGAAAUGGGUUUUGAGGGACCUCCUGGCCCUGAAGGAGAACCUGGCCUGCAGGGAGAGCCAGGUGCAAAGGGAGAUAUUGGACCUGCUGGGAAGGCUGGAGAACCAGGGGACCAAGGUUUAAGGGGUGAACCAGGACCUCCAGGAGAAGAUGGUGUUCCAGGAAAAGAUGGCCCAAAGGGAGAACCUGGAGACCAGGGACAUCCUGGAGAAGGUGGUGAAAAAGGAGAGAUGGGGUUACCAGGAAUUGCUGGGCCCCCUGGUGAACCUGGCAUAAUGGGCAUUCCGGGCCCUGAAGGAACACCAGGAAAUCCAGGUCAGAGAGGCCGUUUAGGAAAGAAGGGGGAAAAGGGGCAGCUUGGCCUUCCUGGAGAAAUUGGACCUGCUGGUGACUCUGGCCGACCUGGAGAAAUUGGUCCCAAAGGUGCAAGAGGAACUCGAGGUCCCUUGGGACACCUAGGAGGAAUGGGACCUGAAGGAGAGCCAGGAAAUCCAGGUUAUGGGGGUCACCAGGGUCCUCCAGGCCCCUCAGGGCCUCCAGGACCCAAAGGAGAAAAGGGUUAUCCAGGUGAAGACAAUACAGUCCUUGGACCACCUGGGACCAUAGGUGAACCAGGUCCUAGUGGUGAACGUGGAGAUAGAGGAGAACCUGGUGAUGAGGGCUACAAGGGCCAUAUAGGUCUUCCAGGGCUUAGAGGACCUAUUGGACAACAGGGACCUCCAGGAGAGCCAGGUGAAUUGGGAGAGCAAGGACCAAAAGGAGAAAGAGGGUCAGAAGGACCCACAGGAAAGAAAGGAGCAACGGGUCAGGCAGGCAAGCCUGGAAUUCCUGGAAGACCAGGACUAGCAGGGCAGAAAGGAGCAGUUGGGUACCCUGGACCAGAAGGCAUUCCCGGGAACCCUGGCAAGCCUGGCCUGUCAGGGAAGCCUGGCCUUAAGGGUAAUAAAGGAAACUCAGGCUUACCAGGUCUGGCAGGCUAUCCUGGAGCUCGAGGUCCCAAGGGAUUGCCAGGCAUGCCAGGGUCCACAGGAGCACCUGGACUAAAGGGUGAGAAAGGGCUUCUGGGUCAUCCAGGAAAGCGUGGCAAAAGAGGCCUUCCAGGAUCACAGGGUGACCAAGGACCAGCAGGAGACUCUGGGCUGAAAGGACAGACUGGAGAAGAUGGAGAUCAAGGUUUGAUGGGGUUUCAAGGAUUCCCAGGUCCAAAAGGUCCUGCAGGGGACAUUGGCUUAGUUGGAAUUCUGGGCCCAAAAGGUCCAACGGGCCAAGCUGGAUAUAUCGGCCCCGUUGGUCAAGAAGGCAUAACAGGCCCAGCUGGCAGGCCUGGACCAAGAGGUGAAAAGGGCACAAGGGGUGAAAUGGGGCCUCAGGGACCUCAGGGACAGCCAGGGCUACCUGGACCUCCUGGACCACCAGGACCAAGAAAACAAGUGGACAUCAAUGCUGCUGUUCAAGCUUUGAUUGAGACAAAUGCUGCAUUGCAGAUGGAGAAAUACCAGAACACUGAAGUAACCUUUCUAGAUCACAGUACCGAGAUAUUUAAAACGCUGCACUACCUGAGCAACUUGCUGCACAGCAUCAAGAACCCCCUGGGCAGCCGGGAUAACCCCGCACGCAUCUGCAGGGACCUGCUCCACUGUGAACGCCGAGUGGCAGAUGGAAAAUACUGGAUUGACCCAAAUAUUGGAUGUUCUUCUGAUGCUAUUGAAGUUUUCUGCAACUUCACUGCAGGUGGUCAGACAUGUUUAACACCACUGUCUGUGACAAAGCUGGAGUUCGGCGUGGGAAAAGUGCAGAUGAACUUCCUUCACUUACUGAGCUCAGAAGCAACCCAUAGCAUCACUGUUCAUUGUCUGAACACACCAACAUGGGGAUUAAAUAAAGCAGGUGGCCAGAAAACAUCUGUUAGCUUCAUAGGCUGGAAUGGUCAAGUAUUUAAAGCAAAUACGCUAUUUGAACCAAAGGUGCUUAUGGAUGAAUGCAUGAUUGAAGAUGGCAGCUGGCAUAAAACACAGUUCUUCUUUCACACUCAGGACACUAAUCAGCUUCCAGUUGUUCAAGUUAAUGCACUUCCUCAUCUCAAACCAGGACAGCAGCACUUCAUUGAAAGUGGUUCAGUGUGCUUCCUUUAAGGUUUCUGUCCUAGUAUUUUUUG